GAAUAUCGUCUGUCAUUGAGGAGCGAUCAAGGAGGCAUUUCGUCGAACGGUUGGUGAGCAUAGAGCGCAAUGAAAGGAAGCAAGGCGAAUCUCUCUGCACUAGCGGAGAAAUGCAAAACUGUAAUCGUUUCGAACUGGCAAGGAUACCUAAAUACCAUCAAACCUGAAGAUAAAGCUAGUAUAAUACAUACUUCAAAGAUUAAGUAUGUGAUGAGACGAGGAAAGCCCUAUCUCUGGGUACCAGAAAGUGAACCGCACAAUGUCAACAUAAUGUUUGAUGAACGUGGAUCCUUUUCUAUUGCCCAUCCGUAUCCUGGCCCCCUUGCAGCUUUGUUCAAGUCAAUAGGAAAGCUUCCAGACCGGGUUGCCUUUACUGGAGAGAUUGUUCCUGUUAAAGAGAAAAGGGUUGAUGCGGUACAUAAAUAUGUUGAGGAAUCUAUACAAUCAGAGAUGAGAGCGAUUGGCGAUAGCCCAAAUUCUGUUCGUAGUAUCUUGAAUUCUUCCGAUCAGAUGUAUGCCUCCCGGUGUGACAGUCUUAGAGCCCUGAUCGAUGAUGCCAAGGAAAAAUACGUUAUCUAUAAGUUCGUUCCAAGCUCAUGUAUGUUUAUUGACCCAAAUGGCACGAAAGAAAUAGACUUGAAGGUUUUGGAACUGUCGAAAGCAGAUCCAUUAGGGACUUGGUCUACAAAACUUGUGGAUGGAAUCAAUAAGAACGAAUCAAGAAGACGGGCUUUGAUUCUUUUCUGUUUAUACUAUCUCGACAUAAACGCAAGGGAUGCUUAUAUGGUAUCAGUGGAUAAGAAAGGUUUCCACUUGUUGGGGAAGGUACCGAGUGAAGAAGAAGCCGGAGAUGAGUAUCAGUGGAGAGAGUUUAGGUUUGAGUUUGAAGAAGAGGUGAAAGACGUUGAAGCUUUUUGCCACCAACUUGUGGAAAUGGAACAAGAGGUUGUAAGCAAGUUUACUGACCAUACCGGUUUGUGAUUUCCAUUCUUUUCUUAUAAAUCACAAGCCGGGCCGGUUUACUUUUCAGUUAAAUUGUUAUUUAGGUAAGACCAAGAGUGAUUAAUGAUGCUAAUGUGUAAUAUUAGUUCGCAACGGCCGGUACGGUUUAGUUUCAAUUUAUUGAAGUUUUUGAGCUUUACGCCUUUACCAAUAUAAUUCCGGUUCAAUG